GACUUUUGUGUGGAAAAUCACGAGGCGAAGGUGGAAGUCAACAUUCAGUGUUAAGCCUCAAAAUGGCGGAUGGGCACUUGCAGACAAGGAUACUGUAAAAUACACAUAUACUACGAAAUGCGAUAUCGAAAAAAUAUCCAUAAAUGAUUUAACGGAAAGUGAAUUUGAAAAGAAGUAUCGAUUUCAAAAACCCAUUAUCAUACAGUUUCCAAAUGGCACUGAUGAUUGGACGAAUACUGCCUACUGGACAAAAGAAAAUAUACAGAAAAAAUAUGGAAAUGUUGACAUACUAGCAGGUAAAUCUGAAGAUAUUGUUAGAUUUAGUGGGAGUGGAGAUAUUCUUGCAAAGUUUGGUGACUUUUUAAGUGACUUAAUGGACAAACCUGAUGAUUCUGGAGAACCAUUGUACUUGUUUGAUAGGAAUUUCUACAAGCUAUCUGACCUACCAGAAACAGUCAACCCUCCAAAAUUUCUGGAAGUAAAGGAAUCAAAGGAUGACAGCAUAUUCUUCCUUGGAAGCUCUAAAAGUGGUGUUGGCUUUCACAAACACGUUGAUGCCUGGAAUGGACUAGUGUUUGGACAGAAGAGAUGGUUUCUUUACCCGCCAUACAAAACACCCCCUGGAGGUGUACAACCUGGAUUCAGCCAAAUUGAUUGGUUUAGAAAGGUUUACCCAAAUCUGACAAAGGACCUGCCUACAGAAUGUGUGCAUAAUGCUGGUGAAAUAUUCUAUGUGCCUGAGGGAUACUACCAUGCCACUCUGAAUAUUGGCAACACGAUUGCAGUAGGCAUACAGAAGUUAGAGGCAAUGACAAACUCUGAGAAGCUGUUUUAUAAACAUGGGUACUUGCAAGAUGUUCUACAAAAUGGCACAUUAUCUGAGGCUGAAGUUCACAGAAACCUUAAGCUUCAGGAGGAAACAUUGCUUAGAUUAAACAAAAUGUUUCCAGGUAAUACAGAAAUACUAUUUAAACUUGCAAGAGUGUAUAACAAAAAGGGUGACACUGAAACUGCCAUAUCAUAUUACACUGAAGUAAUAGAUCGAGAUGUUUAUUUUAUCUGUGCUUAUAUUGAACUAGCUGCCAUCUUUACAAAGAAAAAAGAUUAUUCCAAAACAGAGUUGUAUUAUACAAAGGCACUUACCCUCAACCCAAACAACUGGGAUGUUCAUGCAUACUUUGGUGACUACUUUUAUGAAAGGGCUAACUGGAAGAAAGCAUCUGAAAUGUACAGGAAGGGAAUAAAACUCAGACCCCAAAUGUCGCAAUUCUGGCAAAGACUAGCAAUUGUAGAGGGUUACCAAGGCAAUCAAGAUGCAGCUUAUGAAGCGGAAGAAGUAUAUGAGACACUUGUGGCAAAUUUAGCGAAUAACAUCAAAGAUUAAUUGUUUUUCUGGCAUGUUUAUAUCAAUAUAGAAUUCCAGUCUUGUAUAAAACUGAAUGUAGUAAUAACAUAUCCAGGACUUAUUCAGGGUCAUUGAACUUGAAUUCAGUGGUUCUUGUCACACAAAAAUGUUGCUCUAAGAUACUCUUGGAAGGAAUGAGGGUGAGAAGAAUGAAAGUUUACACCUUAUGGCUCAUGAUUGGGAAUCACUUAACUUGUAUUCGUGAAUGCAAAUAGCAGCUAUCGGCUACCGGGUUGAUUACAAUUAGAUGGCAAACUUAUUUAAAUAUGAAUAGUACCUGCCGUGCAUACCGUUAGUUGCCAGCUCUCGCCUCAAAAGCAAUAGCUGACCUAAAUAACGUUUUAACCUGGUAUUAAAGCAGCAACUAACACCGACUACAGAG